AUUAUUGGGAGAAAUCUUAUACUCAACAAGACAAAGUUCACAUAAUGCUUUGAGUACUGAUUUAGAAAUUUUGAUUAGAAAACUAAAAUUUGGAACAAAAGCGAGAUGGAAAGCAUUAGCAAUGCAACGUGACCUGGUCAACAUUCACCGAGUGUGCUACGUCCCUCACUGCUGGUGUUGGGGAAGAAGAGUGUCUGGUCUUUACAUCACUGCAACGUGCUGUACACCAAGACAUGCACCAGUAUUUGCUACGCCCCUCACUGCUGGUGUUGGGAAGAAGAGUGUCUGGUCUUUACAUCACUGUAACUCGCAUAUGGCUUAG